AUGGCCAGCUCAAGCCAUCCAGGUGCUCCUUUCGAGGAUCCUGACCGCGUCAAGCUGAUCAACCAGAUUGACAAAGGACUCGCCACAUUAGAAGAAUCCGCUACGACCAUACAACGGCUUAGAAAUUGUUAUGGGUGCUUAUGGCUCGCAGAUAUGGAAAGACCGGAGUAUUUAGUUGCUAAAUAUCUCCCGAAUGAUCCUCGUCAGCUCCUUGCCAUGCUGUACUUGAGAGAAACAGAGGGCAAAAUAGUUGCAAGAUGGCAACAAAAGGACCAAAAUGGUGAAUCUGUUGACUCGCGCAAAAAUCCCGGACAGUCCCUGGACUCACCCAGACGGAGGAGGCCUAGAAGUCAGUCAGCAGAGGAUGCAUGUCGCGACCGCGAUGAAGCCUGCAUUCUUACAAAAUGCGGCAAGGACAUCUGCCAGCCAUGCCCUUUGUGCUCAACCCAUCCAGGUACUCCUUCCGAGGGUGCUGCCAGUAGUAAGCCGCCAGGUGCUCUUUUCGAGGAGCCCGAGCGCGUCAAGCUGAUAGAGAUGAUCGCCGAAAAACUCGGGGAGACAGUCCACACCCAUAGGAUAAGUACUUUUAAAACUUCUUAUGCGGGCUUGUGGCUCGCCGAUAUUGAGAAAUUGAAAGCAUUGGGUGACAAAGAGCCUUUGGAUCUUUAUUCCAGGCUAUCGGUUUCCGAGCUGGAAUACAAAAUAGAUCAAAGAUGGCAACAAAAGGACAACGAUGCUGAAUCAAGAGCUCCGUCUGCUCCACAGACACCAAUCAAGGGUACACCACCCUUGUUCCCGUCCUCCUCUGCCCCUGGGCCGAGCGCAGGCGAGGAUUCGACAGCUUCAACUCCGCGACCCCGGGACCAACCCCUGUCGAUCGAUACACCAGGAAGUUCUGGUAAGUCGCGGAAAAGGCCAGGGGAAGCUCUAGGCACGCCCGAAGGGGCGAAGAAGCCCAGAAUAGACAAAGACGUCGCGGAAGCAUGUAAGGACCGCGAUAAAGCCUGCAUUCUCACAAGAUGCAGCAAGGACAUCUGCCAGCCGUGCCCUUUGUUCCCUUAUUGGCUGAAUUAUGAGAAUAUGGAUGCCGUGCUGCAGUUUUUCACCGCUCUGAGAGGCUUUUGGAGUGAUGGAAAGGUGGACGAAUGGUAUAACGCUAUUUACGGAGAUGGCUUGGGCCCUGAAAAGCCCGAAAAUCUCAUACUCCUCAGCCCAAACGCAUAUGUACUAUACGCCAAUGGGUACAUUGUCUUCGAGCCUGUCGACAGAGAUCCAGAGGGCAAGUGGCUGACACUUAAGUUUUGGUGGUUGAAGCGACAUGAACAUGAUGAGGGUGUCGACUUUGGGGUUAUCCCGGAACUUCCAUCAGAUCUCCACCCAUCGGACUACGGUGUUGCCCUACAUGAUGUCCGCAACGAUCGUCCACUGCUCUCUGGUGAGAUGAUCAUGCUAAAGACCCACGAUCCGGAGAAUUAUCCACUCCCGGAUACCCGGAUCCUUGACAUGCAGUGGGUCCUGAAUCGUGUGUCUGCGUUAAGUGGUACUACGGAACCAAAGGUCCCGGACGAUGAUGACGAUGAGUGGGAUGAGGACUGGGACGAGGGUCUCGGCUAA